AUGGCGAACUUAAGAGCCAGCUUCAUGUUCAACCGAGAUUUCGAAAAUGCCUUCCUCCACGUCGUAAAAUCCUUCAUCAGAACCAACGUCGAAGACGUCCGAGCCCAAAACGUCGUCAGAUUCUUCAUCUACCCUUCCGUGGAACUCGGCGAACAACUCCGUAAAUACGGCUGCUGGUGCGACGGAGCACGCACCUCUCCUCACGGCUAUGAAGACUGUGAUAAGAUUAAAGGAUUACCUUACCCAUCCAUCAUCGGUGAAGAUCCCAACGAUCGCGGUAAACGCAAGGUUUCGCAGCUUCGAAUCUGCCCAGAUAUGGACGAUGAGGUUCCCAAACAUCGUAAAGAUCAUCACCACCGACUCGGUUGCUUCAUACCUGUUGAGUCCGCAGAGAAAUUCAUGGUUUGGUUUCAAGAGCAUGGGGUUAGGGAUUACUCUGGGAAUUCCGAGUUAUGGGAUGAAAGACUGGCGGCAAGGUACUUCGUGGACGACUACAUUCGACGGAUGUCUAUCUUUGAAACGGGGGAGCUGGAUAGAAACGACAAAGAGAACAUGGUGCUCAGCUUGCUGUUGAGUUUUCAGGGGAAGGACAUAAAGGACGAUGCGCGAAAGUCUCCUGUGGCGUGGGAGGCGGAGAGAUUGCUGAAGUUUCUGGAAUGGAAUGAGCAUGAUUUUAAACUAGGCAUGAAGGAACUUCGCGAAGCCAUGGAGGAGAAAAAUACAGAAGGGAAGAAUGGCAGUGGAGGCCGCCCAGAAAGGAAGAAUCGCCGUGGAUGCCGCCCAGAAGGGAAUAUUCGCCGUGGAGGUGCAUCUCUCCAGAAGAACCAUACAUCAAGGGAGAAUCGACGCGGAGGCCCUAUCGUCCAGAAGAACGAUAUAGUUACGGAGAGUCGACGCGGAGACGCAAUCCUCCAGAAGACCAACACUACAGGAAUGAGAGACAGUGGCAGAAUCCUCCAAAGGGGAGGCAGGGGCGGAGCCCUUCAAGGAAACGAUAUGAAAGAGAGCAUAGGCGGCCCAGUCCCUCAAGAGCGCGAUCUAGAGGGGAAGAUGGGAGGGGGAGGUAUACUCUUCCAAAAGAACAACCUAGAGGAAGAUAUGAGCCCCGGCCGCUCAGUCCUCGAAGAGGAAGAUAUGAGCCCCGGUCGUCUAAUCCUCCCAGACGAAAAUCUCAGGGGCGGGCGACCAAUCCUCCAAUAA